CUCCGAAAAGUCACCUAGGUCAAUCAUUCACUUGGCGCCCAUCCUCUUUUUGAUUCAAAGCUAUCCGUGUUCAGAACAUACCUAGCAACCCUACCAUGGCGCAGCCGAAAUACCUAAGUGGCGACGUUGCCGCCAUCAAUGAGUUCAUUGAUAAGUUUGAUGUGUUUUUGUUCGACUGCGAUGGUGUUCUAUGGUCUGGAGACCAUGUUUUCGAGGGUGUUGUCGAGACGCUCGAGUUGCUGAGAUCAAGAGGCAAGAAGACGGUGUUUGUGACCAACAACUCAACAAAGUCUCGUCCCGAGUAUAAAAAGAAGUUCGAGGGCUUGGGAAUCCCAGCAGAUGAAGAUGAGAUCUUUGGCUCCGCAUAUUCUUCUGCCAUCUACAUCUCAAGGAUUCUGAAGCUGGCGCCGCCCAAGAACAAGGUCUUUGUUGUUGGAGAGGCAGGCAUUGAGCAGGAGUUGACGACCGAGAACAUCCCCUUCAUCGGUGGCACCGACCCAUCCUUCCGGAGAGACGUCACAGUAGAAGACUUCAAUGGCCUUGCGGACGGAUCUCUACUCGAUCCUGAGGUCGGCUGUGUGCUCGUGGGCUUAGACUGGCACAUCAACUACCUGAAGCUGUCGCAUGCAUACCAAUACCUCCGCCGUGGCGCCGUGUUUCUGGCCACGAAUGUGGACUCAACCUUCCCCAUGAACAACAACUUCUUCCCCGGCGCAGGCUCCAUCAGCGUUCCGCUGGUUCACAUGACGGGACAGGAACCCGUGGCGCUCGGAAAGCCUAGCCAGGCCAUGAUGGAUGCCAUCGAGGGCAAGUUCCACCUGGACCGCGCACGGACGUGCAUGGUGGGAGAUCGGCUCAACACCGAUAUCAAGUUCGGCAUCGAGGGACGGCUGGGUGGCACGCUUGCAGUCCUGACGGGUGUGAACAAGAAGGAGGACUGGGAGGCGGCGGAUGCGGUUGCCGUGCCAUCGUUUUACGUCGACAAGCUUAGUGACCUUAGGGCUGCAGCGCAAUAAAGGUGGAGAACCAGGAACUGGUGAUGUACAGGGUGCGGAUAUGAGGAGCUACGCAUGCCUGGUAAGACCGGGGGCUAUAGAUG